AUUAAUAUAAGUUUAAUUACAUAAAAUUUAAGUGUAAUUCGCUCAGAAAAUCAUGAUAAAACAAACAACGGUAGCUCAAACGGAGGAAGAAGAACAAGCUCCAGCACAGAAUGAGAAUGAACCACCAUUUGGAUCUUUAGAAUGGAUUAAUUAUUGGAGUGAAUUCGAAGGUAGCCUUCCGACUCCAAUAGAUGUUUCCAUCACUGGUUCCUUGAAGUAUUGGUGUCCGGAACUAGUUUGGUAUAACUUUGACAUAUAUCCUCAUAAAGUGAAACUAACAAAUACUGGAUACACAGUUCUGCUCGGAGCAAAAUGGAAAGCCGAGAGGCCAUUUCUAGUUGGAGGACCCUUUUUGGAAAAACAUGUGUUUUCUCAAGUACAUUUUCAUUGGGGAUCGAAUAUGAUGGAGGGCAGUGAACAUUCAGUCGAUAAAAGAAUUUAUCCUGGAGAAAUGCAGGUGACAUUCUUUAAGUCUGAGUAUAUGACGCAAGAAGAGGCCUUACGACAUCCAGAUGGAGUUGUAUUCGUCUGUUACAUUAUUAAGUACGGAGUGAACCCAGAUGAUCGGCUUCAGUGGAUUUUAGAAGGUUUUCCGAGAAUUCGAGAAAGUCAAACGAGCACACGCGUCGGCCCUUACCCGAUGUCACGUCUUAUUCCGAUGUUCUUUGAAGAUUAUUUCCUGUACUGGGGAAAUUUAAAUUCCGUGAAAGGAGAAAACUACGUCGUAAGAUGGUUGGUUCCGCGGAUAACUUUGUAUGCCUCCUUUGAACAGGAAACGAGUUUGUUUCAUACCAAAUUUCAUCCUAUAAGCUUCAAUGGUUUAAAGGACAGACAGACAAACAAAGUUAAUUUUGCAUUUAAUACAUUAGUACCUAUAGACAGUGUUUUUUGA